AGCAACAUGUCAACAAAAUUUCUUUCAAAUCACGCUAGUCGCGGAUAAAUAAUUUAAUUACGAUGAAUAGCAUCAUAUCCUACUAAUUCAACUCGAGAAAUAUCAAGCUAAGCUUCCAAACAACGUCUCCAUGAUGGGCCUAUUGAAUAUUUUGAAAAAGCUGCGGUCUAAUCCGGAUAAGGAGUUGCGUUUGCUGUUGCUUGGGCUAGAUAAUGCUGGUAAAACGACGUUAUUGAAGCAACUGGCAUCAGAAGAUGUAAACCAUGUCACUCCGACGGCGGGGUUCAAUAUAAAAUCAGUUUUGUCGAAUGGCUUUAAGCUAAACGUGUGGGAUAUCGGUGGACAAAGGAAGAUAAGGCCUUACUGGAGAAACUAUUUUGAGAAUACUGACAUUUUGAUUUAUGUAGUAGACUGCUCAGACCACCAAAGACUGGAGGAGACUGGUCAGGAGUUGGCCGAGCUGCUGGAGGAUGAAAAGCUUCGCGGAGUAGCCUUGUUGGUGUAUGCUAAUAAACAGGAUUUGGCUACAGCUCUGCCAGCCAGUGAGAUAGCCCAGCAUCUGGGCCUGCACCUCAUCAGGGACCGCACUUGGCAGAUACAGGCAUGUGUAGCCACUGAUGGUACUGGGGUCAAGGAAGGGAUGGAGUGGGUCUGCAAAAACAUUCCAGCUAAGAAAUAAAGCUAAGUUUUAAUAACAAUUAUGUACACUUAACAUUGUCAGAGGUACAAUAAGAAAAUAAUAAUGUUACCUCUUAACACUUAUUUACACUAUCAAAACUGAUAUUAAAACAUGAUCUAGUCGAACGGAAUCCGUCCAAAAAUUAUGUAUUUAGAACAUAUUAGUACAAUAAUAUGCGUUUUAGUAUGGUAUGUGACAUUGUACUAGCUUUUUAGUCAAUCUUAUCUAUAUUGCUGUGAAUAAAAACUACUUAUACCUAUCUCUUCAUGAAUAGGAAAGUUGCCAACUACUACCUUCUGAAAUAGAUUACUGGGAUUGCGAAAAAGAGAUAGCACACAACGUGGCCUAGAGCGGCGUCUCACUUUAACACGCUACUACGACAAAUCGUAAAUGAGAGAACCACAAGAACAUACAAUCGGGAUAAAAAAACUUAAGUGUUAAUCUAGUUUAAAACUACCUGUGUACCGAAUUACGUCCACAUCUGU